CCUCGUUAUCAGUAUCAACCUUGUAUCUCUUGUUUCUUUAAUGUCCGUUUAAUACUCUGCUUAGUCACUUUGUUCUCCAUCUUCGUGCGAGAUAUAUGUAUCGCGCGUGAUACUCCGUGGUGCAAGUGCUCUGUGCGGUAUUUCGAUCCACGAUCAUGAGAAUCGCCGUAGUUGGCGCAGGAGCCGCCGGGCUGGCUGCACUCCGGCACUGCACUUCCGGUACUUACGAUGAUCAAGUGGUAUGUUACGAAAAAACAGACCAAAUCGGCGGCACUUGGGUCUACCGAGAGGAAACUGGUUCCGAUAGAUACGGCUUGCCGAUUCACACUAGCACGUACAAAAGCCUCAGGACUAAUCUGCCGAAGGAAGUGAUGGGUUAUCCAGAUUAUCCAAUACCGGAGAACCCCGAAAGUUACCUGUCGCGCCCGCAGAUACUGAAUUUUCUGAACGAAUACUGCGACCACUUCGCGCUACGUCCUUACAUCCGUCUGCUGCACCAUGUAGAGUUGAUAGAGCCAGCCGUGGGGAGCCGGAAGUGGUCGGUCAAGGUCAAGGAUCUGCAGAGAGAUACGCUCAUGACCGAGUCGUUCGACGCGAUCUUGGUAUGCAACGGUCAUUAUUUCGAGCCCAGCAUCCCAAAGAUAUCCGGCCAGAACAUCUUCGUCGGCGAGCAGAUCCACAGUCAUGACUACAGAGUCCCCGAGAUCUUCAACGGCAAGACCGUCGUCGUCCUGGGAGCAGGACCUUCCGGUAUGGACUUGGCUUUGGAAAUAUCCAAGAAUGCGAAUCGCGUGAUUCUGAGUCAUCACGUGAAGGAUACUAUACUCACCGUGUUCCCCGAGAACGUCGUGCAGAAAGCCGAUGUGGUGGAACUGACGGAGCGCGAGGUGGUUUUUGCGGACGGCACGAAGCAGCAGGUCGAUGUCGUCUUCUAUUGCACGGGGUACAAGUACAGCUUCCCUUUCCUCGCCGAGUCCUGCGGAGUCCGAGUGGACUCCAACAUGGUCACGCCUCUCUGGAAGCAUCUGGUGUCCAUCGAGAGUCCUACCCUGGCAUUAGUGGGGAUCCCGUUCUACAUCUGCGCUUUUAGUAUGUUCGAUUUGCAGGUGCGAUUCAUCCUACGACACUGGCACGGCGAGAGGCAGUUUCCCGCGAGAGCGGAUAUGCUGCGCGACGAGGCCGCGGAGGCGGCGAGACGCGCGGAGAGAGGCCUGAAGAAGAAGCACUUUCAUAUGAUGGGCCCGGAGCAAGAGCACUACUUCGACGACCUCGCGAACAUAGCGGGGCUCACGCCGCUGCCGCCCGUGCUGACGAAACUGCACAACGCGAGCAGCCAGCGCUUCCUGGACGACCUGGUGCACUACCGGCAGGAUCGCUACCGCAUCGUCGACGACUACAACUUCGUCCAGCUUUAACGCUCGGGACUGGUCGCGCGCCGAUGCAUUUCCUCGCGCAUAGCCGUGAGGCCCGCACUUUCUUCGCGGUUAUCUGUGUCGCGAAAGGAGCAUUCAUGUUCCUCUUAUCGAGCUCGCAAAUCGAGCAAAUGAAAUCUCAGACAGCGCAGUGCUAAAAAAUGCCUCAACCCUUAAACGACAAGGUAGGAUGAACAAUUGUCACGUACAGUAUGUAUGUUUCAAUCUAUUUUAACUUCGUGACAUGUUUGCGUCAAGGUCAGAUGUACUACGCUGAAAAGACGUUUUCAUACAAUAAAAAAAUUUGUCCUUGUUGAA